AUGAGAAACCCAACCACGGCUUCACGGCCGAGCACUGGCCAGCCAAUUGAGGUUCGCAUCAGAACUACAGAACCCCGAGCUAUUGAAGUUAGAGCCAAAGAGGCCUUGCCGAGGAGCAAGUCAUUUCACCAGCUUUCUUCCCGUGUGGAGGUUAGACCGACAGAGUCCCUUCCGCGAAGCAAAUCCCAUCACCAAUUGCCUCGCCCGGAGAGAUCUCAAAACCCGGUGCAGUUGCAGGCCUUUGAGUGGAAUUUGCCCGCCGACCACAAGCACUGGCGACGGCUCCGGCGCGCGCUGCCGGCACUGAGGUCCGUUGGUGUGAACAGCCUAUGGCUGCCGCCCGGAAGCAAAGCCAAGGAUCCCGAAAGUAACGGCUACGACAUUUACGACGCCUGGGAUCUAGGAGAGUUUGACCAAAAGGGCUCAGUCCCCACCAAAUGGGGGACGAAGGGAGACCUUGCGUCUCUAGCGGCGGAUGCGGAGCACCACGGCAUUGGGCUGGUCUGGGACGCUAUUCACAACCACCGCGCCUACGCUGACGGCACUGAGAUGGUAAAGGUGGUCGAAGUUGAUCCGCGUGAUAGACGAAGAGACACCACAGACGUCUAUGAAAUUGAGUCAUGGACCAAAUUUGACUACAAUGCUAGAGGGGGCAAGUACAGCAAGUUCAAAUACAACAAGUCGCAUUUCAACGGUACGGACUGGAACCAACAGAACAAGAAACGUGCCAUCUACAGGUUUGUAGAAGAUGGGAAGAACUGGCAUCAAGACGUCGGCGACCUCCAAGGAAAUGCCGACUACUUGAUGCUCGAAAACCUCGACUACACCAACCCUGAGGUCGUCAAAGAGCAGCAUCAGUGGGGCAAGUGGAUUGUGGAUGAGCUCGGUCUCAAAGGCUUCCGCGUGGACGCCGUACAGCACAUCUCAUGGAAAUUCAUCAGCAAAUGGGCUGAGCACUUGAGGAAGCCAGCCAUCCGCAAUGAUCUCAUGUUUAUUGGAGAGUUCUGGCAUGGUGAUGUGCGCGUCUUGAAUAAUUGGUUGGAGCACAUGCCAGCAUUCUUCAGUCUCUACGACGUGCCUCUGAUGUAUCACAUAGAAAGAUUGUCAUGGCACCGAGACACGGACUUGAGGCAGGUGUUCAAGGACACGCUAGUUGAACAACGACCUAACAACGCUGUCACUUUCAUUCGUAAUCACGACACUCAGAAAGGUCAACAGAUGGACACCCCAAUCUGCAAGGAGUUCAUGCCCUUUGCCUACUCCAUGAUCCUUCUCAGACGCGAUGGUCACCCAUGUGUCUUCUUUGGUGAUCUGUACGGCAUUGAGCUCACCCAUCCCGAAGCGCCAAUCCAAGAUCUUCCCAACCUUCUUCUGGCCAGGAAGCUUUAUGCUUACGGGGAGCAACAAGAUUACUUCGAGCGGUCCGACUGUAUUGGAUGGAUCAGGCGCGGAACGGAAGACAGACCAGCCGGCAUGGCCGUCGUCAUGAGCUGGACACAGGCUGAAUAUACUGACACUCGGUUGUCAAUGUCAGUUGGUGCCAACCACGCCGGGGAGGUCUGGACCGAUGUUCUCGGAAUGGAAUCGGCUGCGGUUACGAUUGAUGAAAACGGCAUAGGCUCUUUCUACUGUCCGAAGAACAAGAUGGCUUGUUUCGUCAGCUCGGAUGCCAAGGGAAGAAAGAAGUUUCCAGUUAGGUUCGAUUCUGGCUUUCACAGCCUUGUUGAAUAA